AUGGAUCGCUCCAAUAUCUCCUCCUGCCUUACCUUUAUGCUUCUUUUGUCCUCACUAUUUCUUGCCUAUGCCAUUGGCUAUGAAUACGCUCCAAAACCAGAACUCCGAAAACCAAAACCAGAAGAAAAACAAGUUCCACUUCCUCCUUAUAAUGAUCAUGAAAAACCCGAAUCAGAAGGUUUAGAAGAGAAUAUUCAACCAAAUUAUCACCAAGAAUAUGUCCCGACGAAUUCACCAAAUCAGUACUAUUAUGGUCAUGAUCAUCAUGAUGAUAAAUAUAUCAACAAUAUUGGCAUUCGAGGGCUCAUUUUAUGCCAAUCAGCAAACAAUAAAUACGCUCUAGCCGGAGCUGUGGCAAGGAUAACUUGUCUAGCGGAGGACGAGAAUGGAUAUGAGGCAGCUCCUUUCUACACUGAAAGCCAUGAGACGAAUGAAAAUGGUUUCUUCUUCGCCACGUUUUUGCUUUCGGAGGUAAUCGGAUCAGACAAGUUGAAGCUCAAAGAGUGCAGGGCUUUCCUAGAAAACUCUCCCCUGGAGACUUGCAAUGUCCCAACUGACUAUAACAAUGGCAUCACCGGCGCACUCCUCUCGUCGCCUCGCUUCCUACCGGAGAAGUUGAUGACGCUGUAUACCAUUGAACCUUUCAUCUAUACCUCGGAAUCUUCUUCAGUCCCUGAUGGCCAUUAUUAG